UCCGGGUUAUUUAAGCCGGGCCAGGCAGGGCCAGCCCCACGCUGGGACUUCACCAGGGCCCUGCAGCCUCGUCUGCCAGCCCCGCUCACCCGGGCACGCGCCGCUGGGCCCAGCCGCCAUGCCCCCCAAGAAGGAGCUGCCCGUGAAGAAGCCGGUGGCCCCGCCGGCCAAACCGGCCGCCAAACCGGCCAUAGCCAAGCCAGCGGCUGCUGCAGCUAAGCCCAAAGCCCCCGAGCCGGCGGCAACCCCAGCCCCGGCACCAGCCCCGGCACCAGCCCCAGAGACGCCCAAGGAGCCACCGAUUGACCUCUCUAAAGUGGUGAUUGAGUUUAGCAAGGACCAGCUGGAGGAUUACAAGGAGGCUUUCCAGCUCUUCGAUCGAGUUGGGGACGGCAAGAUUAUGCUGAGCCAGUGUGGGGAUGUGCUGCGGGCCCUGGGCCAGAACCCCACCAACGCCGAGGUCAUGAAGGUGCUGGGCCACCCCAAGCCCGAUGAGCUGAACUCCAGGCGGGUGGAGUUCGAGCAGUUCCUGCCCAUGCUGCAGACCAUCUCCAAGAACAAGGACCAGGGCACCUACGAGGACUACGUGGAGGGGCUGCGGGUCUUCGACAAGGAGGGGAACGGCACCGUCAUGGGGGCUGAGCUGCGCCAUGUGCUCUCCACACUGGGUGAGAAGCUGACGGAGGAGGAGGUGGACGCCCUCCUGUCUGGGCACGAGGACGCCAACGGCUGCAUCAACUACGAAGCCUUCGUCAAGCACAUCCUGUCUGGCUGAGCGGGUGCCGUGGGACCGGGCAGGAUGGGGCUAAGCAACUGAUGCCACCUCAGACAUUACUCUGCAGGGUGGGGGCAUGUUCCCUGCCCCCUUUGUCUCUCUCUUUAACCCGCCCCCCCUGCCCCCCAAUGGCUGCUGCAAGGGACUUCUACCACUGCCCAAGGGAGCGCCCAAGACCUCAGGACGCCAGCGGCUGAAGAUCGAGCGAGGAGGGGGGGGGUGCAGGCUCCCCCCGAGAGCAGCAGCCCAGCCUGGGGGUGCCCACCGAGCUGAGCCAGGGUCCCGAUCCUGGGCGGGAAGGGACCCAAUCCUCCUUGUGCCCGUCCUGCAUUUGGACAAUAAAAACCAUUUGUUUGCAGAA